AGUGGGGGAAGUAGAGCGACUCCUAAGCCUGGUGUUGGAUUUCCGCACACGAACAAGAAGAAUUCCACUUUGAAAUGUUGUUGUCUCUCGUGUUGACGAAGUGAACCUGCCGCCUUUAAAGAGUUCUAAAUAUCUCUAACUUAUACAAAAGUCAGUUAACAGGUAGAGGUCUGAGCUUAACGAAUACUUGUAGGUUAGUUAGUCUGUACUGUGAGACGUUAGCUCACGCGGUCUGUGAAUGGCGGCGGCUAGCUGUCACUAGCUAACAGCGAUGUCCUCGUCGUGGACUCAGCCCCAGGGAAAGGUGGGAGACCUGAGGAACCAGAGCAAAGAGGAGCUACAAGAACUGAUCCUGCGACAGGAGAAGAUGAUGUCUAACAAGAGGUUUUUACAGAGUCUUCCUGACAAAGGGAAAAAGAUAAAAGAAUUUGUGGAGAAAUUGCGCCUUGCUAUUGAACACCACGACGAAGAGGAGAGGAGACAGAGUUUGGUGUCUUUUGCCAGGACAGAGUUACAGUCCAAGUAUCAGCAGGCUUUCAUUUUGCGACAACAUGCUGCUGCAGCAGGUGAUGUGGUACAGGAGAAGGAGACCUCACCUGUCUCAGAUCAUAUGCUGGAAAACACUUUGGCUGAGCAACAGGACCAGUUUGUCUCCAGUGCAGCUGCUUAUGAAACCAUGGAGACGGUCACUGCUGGGGACUCUUUGAACUCUGAUGAGACAAAAGAGUGUGACCUUGCGGAGGCCUUGGGCAGGAUCAAACUGUCUGAAACUAGUUCUAUUUUCAGUAAUGAGUCAAAAGACCCAUUAAACAGUACAGCAAGAGACAAUUACUUCACCAACAAGCCCCACUAUUUAACUGUCCUGGAAAGAACAGAGAAUACUUCAGUUCUCAGGAAGCAACAAUUCAAACCAAACCAGCUGCCUCACAGAAGUGACAUCUCUCCCUCAGGAUCCUCGUCACCUAGCCAGUCUGCUGAAGGUUUAUUGCCUCUCUCUGCACACAAAAGGAAGGAGCGGGACAGAAAACACCUGGAUGACAUCACUUCAGCCAGACUCCCUCCUCUCCACUACAGUCCGGCCCAGCUUCUGUCUCUGGACGAGUCGGCUGUCCUCCUGAAGGAACAAACCAAGAAGCAGCAGGAGUUGCAGGCCAAGCUAGCAGCCCAGAAACUGUCUGAGGGAUUGAAGAUCUCUAUGGGGAGCUACACUCCUGACAGUGGCCCCAUGGCUGCCUACAGAGAGGUUCGCGAUGAAGAAGCCGAGCUCUCCGAGUGCUCAGAGGAGGACUGAUCCUGGAAGGUCGGAGCUGGGGAAACCAGUUUGGCCUUGGCCCGAGAGAAACAGGCUUUGGACCUCGCAACCAGGAUCCAUCAAACAGGAUUUAGUCCAAGGACAAGAACUCUUAAGAGAGGAAAAGAGUCUUUGCUCCGUGUAAAGACAUAGUUGGUGUCCUAGUCUCAGGAAAUUGAAUGGUGGGUUGAGAAACUAGCUACUUAAUUGUCAUUCAGAUCGUAUUGGGUUCAGUUUGUUCAGUGUAACACCUGCUGUUGACUAGGAGUCUUACAUCUACAUUUGAAGUACGUAUCAUGAGGGAAAUGUUUCUGUGUCAGGACACUAAAACCCAUAAUCUCAUGGCUUUUUGAUCUUGAGAGGGUUGUUUGUUAACAAUACUAUUUCAAUUGUACGCAUCAGCAGGUGGAGCAGACUGUGACUGAUUACAAAUUUGUCUUGAAAGAAAUAGACAUUGCCUGCAGAUUGUUGCCUCGGAUUUAAUAAAUGUAUCUGAUUUUCCAAACGGUUGGUCACAGCUGAGUGGCAAUCUAUUUUUUCCCCCUGAAUUACAGACAAGGAAGUUACUCAUCAGCCUUUUCAGCGUAGAAAGUUUAUCUAUAGAGAAUUAAACUGCUCACAGAUGAAAGCAUAAAGAACAUUGUUUCCUUGUCUUGAGUCUUUAAUAUACCGGAUCUAUAUGUAGGUCUUUAUAUUAAUCCAUUUGCCCCCAUCAUAUGCUAGUUUUGAUAAUUGGAAGAGAAACCAUGUAAUGUGAUAAUUACAAAUACAGUGUUACUGUGACGUUUUUAAAGGACUUAAAAAUAUAUAACAUAGUUUGCAUUAUUGCCCACUGAAAUGGAUUAAGAGUGUCAAGUCUAAAAACAUUUAAGACAGAAUUGUCUUGUUGUCAUGUUCAUUAGUUAUGUGCUCUGUGACUCAUCUGGAUAAGGAAAUGUCAUGUGAAAGUAAUUCCACAUAACAAUCGCUCCGUGUAUAUUAUCUACUUUCUAUAAACUGAAGAUUUAUAUUUUAAA